UGCUGUCAAUGACAAAAGUCCCUCAAUUGCAAAUCAAAUAAUAAUUUAUAAUUAACAUUGAAAUACAACUUUGACCCACAUCUCCACAAGCAAAAGGUUAUUACACUAACUCAUUUUUCUACAAAACAUGAAAUCUAAAUCUUGUAAACAACACCACAGUUCUAGAUGCUAGUAGUAGUUGCUAGUUCUAUCGAUUAAUUUCUUUUCUCGUCUUUCUGACAGCUUCUGUGGAUAACACGACACCGGAAAGAGAGAACUCCUUUUCAUCCACCUCCGCACCAGAGACCACUAGGGCAAUAUCUACCCCAGAAUCACGGACUACACCUAAUGAAGCUUCUGUGGAUAACACGACACCGGAAAGAGAGAACUCCUUUUCAUCCACCUCCGCACCAGAGACCACUAGGGCAAUAUCUACCCCAGAAUCACGGACUACACCUAAUGAAGCUUCUGUGGAUAACAUGACACCGGAAAGAGAGAACUCCUUUUCAUCCAUUUUCACGCCAGAGAGCACUGGAGCAAUAUCAACCCCACAACCAGAGAAUACAGCUAAUAAAUCUUCUGUGGAUAACACGACACCGGAAAGAGAGAACUCCUUUUCAUCCACCUCCGCACCAGAGACAACUAGGGCAAUAUCUACCCCAGAAUCACGGACUACACCUAAUGAAGCUUCUGUGGAUAACACGACACCGGAAAGAGAGAACUCCUUUUCAUCCACUUUCACGCCAGAGAGCACUGGAGCAAUAUCAACCCCACAACCAGAGAAUAGAGCUAAUGAAGCUUCUGUGGAUAACACGACACCGGAAAGAGAGAACUCCUUUUCAUCCACUUUUACGCCAGAGAGCACUGGAGCAAUAUCAACCCCACAACCAGAGAAUAGAGCUAAUGAAGCCUUCUUUCUUAACUUCUGCAGUCUUUUGGGUUUCUCGCACUUCCCAAACGACUACUGUGUCAACAGUCCUGUAGGCAUGGAGCCAAGUGUCUUCCCAUCCUCUCUCUUUUCCAUCACUCCCUACCUAAACUUUGAAUGUUCCUCUUUGAACUCACUAAAUCAAGUGAUAUUACCAGAGGACCAAAGGAAGAUACACAACUGA